UGUACUUUACUUGGCAUGAAGCCGCACGGGGAGCAAGAGGCCUCACUGGCGCUGGAGAACAUGCCUGCCUGCAGGUUCACACAGCGCUAGAGAAUGGUGCUGAGGGAGACUCUGGCAGCAGCACAAAGCAGCCCCCUGUACCUGCUGAUGCUCACAUCUCACAUACUGGCUGUAUCCCCAGGUAUUGAGAAACUGCCUCCUCCUCAAAAUGUUGAGGUUGAAUCGACCAAUAUGAAGCACUUCCUGAAGUGGAGCCCCUUGCCUGCGUCCUUUGGCCUUGUCAGCUAUUCAGUGCAGUUCCAAGGGGAAUUUGAGUUGCUGUACAGAAAUGGGAGCUGGGAAGACGUGUUUGAGUGCCAGCUGAUUGCCCACAGCACCUGCGACAUGACUGACUACAUUGCCUGUAAUGUUGACUAUAAUAUCAGGGUUCACGCACAGAAGGGGGGUCAGAGAUCAGACUGGGCGUCAAUCAGACAGCUCUUCAACAGCAGGCAAACAAAACUGACCACACCCACAAUGACAGUGACUGCUGCAAGGGAGUUCAUUAGGGUAACCUUUGCAGAAAUUCCCAAAUCCAUUGAUGUCAUCCUUAACUACUGGAAAAAGGGAAAAGAAAGUAAAGUGUUCCAAAAAACCAUCACUUCAGAGGAAAACCCUUUUCAUAUUGUCAACAUUGAGGAGGGAGUCAUGUACUGUCUCAGAGCAUUAGCCUUUGCAGAGUCAAUCAAUAAGAAGAGUGAAUCUACAAACCCACAGUGCUACUUCGUUCCUAGUCCAGUACCUCAGUGGCUGCUGCCCACAGUCUUAUGCACCUCUAUUUUCCUGGCUCUCCUGCUGCUCAUCUCCCUGCGGAAGUAUUACUCUGUCCUCCAGUCCGCCUGCUGCCCGAAGGAACCCCUGCCAGAUGUCCUGUUGCAGGACCUGCUAGACUACAAGGUGAAAACACAGCACAGCAGCAAUAGGCCCAGUGAAGUCUGUGAUGCCAUCCUUGUCCUGCCUGCUGAGGAAGGCUGAAAUACAGGACUCAGAGGCCAAAAGGAAGAGGAACAGAACAAGGCAGGAAGAAUUAAAAGGAGCACACCACUUGGCCAAUGGCACUUGAGACAUACCCUUCAUUUACUUAUUCAUACUGCACAAAAAAGGGGGACAUCUGGACACAGUUCCCAGGACACUAUUUGGGAACUCAUCUACAGCAGGAGUGACUGAGCAAACUCUCUGAUUUUCCUGUUGGACCAAGCUUGCGAUGUAUUGCUCCUAAGGUAGCAUUUAUCCAGUAACUGCCCAGUUCAAUGGAAUCGAAGCUGGACUAGGGAACUUUUAAAGUACUUUUUACUGCACAAUAGUGUGAUUGCAAGCACCCUGACUUUUUCCAGUGUUAAGAUCAUUCGAGAACUCUUGAGACUCUGAAACCAAAAUUAUUAAAAAGUAUUUAUUUAUCACAUUAAAUUAUCUAUUUUCUCAUAUCUCAGGGUUAUUUCAAAGACAGUUUGAGCCAAAACACAUUGAAUGCUUGACAUGAUCUGUUUCUGUACCCAGGAUGCACAGAAUUUGGAUACCUGACUAUUUUGGACUUUUUACUCAGAAACUUCAGUAUUCAUGCUUAAUUAUUUAACAAUAUAAUUCCCAGGCCAGGGCCAAAGAUGAGAAAAUGUUAAAUAUACUGAUUGCGCUGAGUCCUGAUAGUCCAGCAUGAUGUUCUGUAGCAGGACUUCAUGAUUCAAAAUGGAUUUUAAUGUUCCAUAACAUUAAGCAAUUCCUUUUCAAACAUUGCAAGGCCAUAAGAAAAGGGUAACAAUACGAGGAGGUCAUCUACAGUAGCUCAUUUGAUUGCUAGAUAAUUGAUCUAAAGACGUCCUCUGCCUACUUUCUGUCUCAAACUCACAACCUUUAGGCAAAUAAGUGCCAGUUUCAAAUGCUCUUCUUACAGUGCUUCUGUAAAAUCGAGAGAAAAAACACAUGAUCUCAGUAGACAAUUCUCAUUUCACAUGUUUACUGUCCACUAUUUAGACAUUUAUUUCCCUUACCUUUGAUCUUGCACUUUCCAGACAUAAAUCCGAGGGUUAAAACUUUUACAGGGUAUUAUGUUAUUGCUCUAUGUGGUUUAUUUUCUCCAUUCAAAAUAAAAAUGUGAUUAUUUAACUUUUUAUUUUUAUUUUUUCCCCUCCCCCAGUGUGGAGAACAUGUGCUUCUCAUGUGCUUCUUUCCUGCAUCUUACAUCCAUUCUAUAAAUUCCAUAUAUUUUCAUAUCCUCUUAUUUAUUCAUUCUUCUGUUAUAUGAUAAGUAGUGUGAACCACAUUCUUAACAUUCAAAACAUGUGGGAAAUACAUUGAAAGAUCACUGCCUAAGGAAGAACAAGAGAUGAAGAAAAUUACACUUCUCUGCAAACUAAUCCAGAAAGAAAACACUUUGGGGUCCACAUUGGGCAUGAAUUUUAAAACAAGUACCUUAGCACCAUUUUAAUCAUGAAACCUUUUUUAAAAUAAACAACUUGUAUUUAUUGUCCAGGAAGAUCAGACUGGAAAUAAACUUGUCAUUUAUGUUCUCUGUUCAUUACUUACAACCCCAAGUCUGAAUCACCAGUGAUCCACUAGAGAUGAAGAAAGGCUGAAAUGCAAACUCUUAUGGGACUGUAUUUAUACAUAGAUACAAAUGGAAUAGCUCAAGAUAAAGAAUAUAUUGCAAGGAAAAUGCUUUUUGAGAUGUCUUUGAAAAUUCCACCUUUGUUUAAAAAAUAUUCAUGCGGUAUGCAAUGUGCAUUCACAGCAGAUGUUUUUGCAAUGUAUCUUUCCUAACAGCAGGUGGCAUUGCAGGAUGAACUGGACCAUCAUCACCUCAUACGGUGUUUGAGACUAGCUCAUUAACUAACCAUAAGUCCUUUUCAACUUUCAUAUUUCAAAGGUCCAUAAACUUGACUGAAAAUGUACAUUUACAAAAACAUUUCAGAGGUAUUUCUUUUCUUGUACCUUUGCUGAUGCAAUGUUACUCAAAGCAUUCUGAAGUGGAUUGACACCAUCAAAGACUACUCCUCUGGGAAUGUAUCCAAGCUCCAAAAUUUAUAGCUCCUGUUCUGCAUAUAAAUCUACACAGGCAAUCUAAGCAAUAAAUACAUUUACAUGAAUAUUUUAAGAGGCUGGUUCAAGUUUACUAUUGCAAACUGCGUAAGUCAGUUUCAGGUGUGAAAUGACAAAUGUACUAAUUUAAGGGGCGUGGUCACUGGAGAAACUGAACUAAAAAAAAAAGAAUAGCAACUAACUUUUCAACCAAGUUGUGCAGUGAGCAUCACAAAUUCUGAUCAAUACUUUGUUUCUUUUCAAGAAGCAGGGGCAUGUUUUCAGCAUGCAGCUGAGUUUACUGACUCUUCUACUCUACGAAGGAACUGUGCCACAUGAAAGACAAGGACGCAGGGGAACUGUCAGGACACAACUGCUAGCUGAAAUAAGAUUAAUAAAGUAGCGACACAUUGGGAACUACAAUUAUUUCCCUUCUUCCCUCAUUACCAAAUGUCACGCAUGAGAAGACUGGUUUACCGUGUUAAAGCAGCUUGUUGCUUCCGGGAGGUCUCCAUUUCAAAUUGUAAACGUACUACCACAUAGGCAACACGACACAAGAUUGUUUUUGUUUAGAUGCUUCACGUUUACAGAUGAUUGCUUUCCGUGAGGGGCACACAUAUAUAUUUGCUGUGUAUUGGCUUGGCUCCAGCAAAAAAAAAAAGACAAAAUCAGCCAAAUUAAAAUCAAGUGUUUUGGCUUCUACUGUACAUAUAGUGAUAUUUAUUUCAUUUUAUUCAGCUGGAUAACGCAAUUUUCUGCUUGGCGGGCUGACCACGAUGGAGAUGCCAACAGUGUGCAAUGUGGUGUACCUACUGUAAUGAUAGUUCUGUUGGGAAACAUUCUGAGGUGUGAACACCAAGAAAGGAUAGUUGUCCAAGUGAGAAGAAAACUACAAAUAGAGCAACAAUGUAAGAAAAUUAAAGCGCUUUUCUCUUAAGGCCGUUGCCGUUCUGUGCAUCACUGCGCCCCACCACCCCAAUCCCAAAUACAAGACACGGAAGCUACAGAAGAGGUCCUGCACCCUUGCAAAUCCUAGCACUCGGCACACUUCCACUGUGAGGUCUAACACACUGGCGCUUAGUGUAGUCAGCAGCCAUGAACACCUUCAUCCUGGUGCUUAUCUGCUAAUGUAAAUGCAUGGUUUAUCACGAU